AUGGCCAUGAAAGUUGAAUUAACUGAUUUUUAUACAAUCUCAGCAGGAGACAGCCGCCAUGUUCUUGCUGAGAGAGGAGGCCGCGCUGGACGUAAUUUUCAGGACUUGGGGAUCAACACACGACAGAUUAUGCCUCACGUGAAGGAUCGUAAAACAGGUACAAGUGGGAUUCCCGUGAAGCUGCUAACAAACUUGUUUAGCUUGGGAGUACCCAGUCACUGGCAUCUCUAUCAGUACCAUGUUGAUUUUGAUCCUGAUUUUGCCUCCAGGAAACUUAAGGCAGCUUUGCUAUACAGUCAUGAAAAGAUUCUGGGAAAAGCUAAAGCAUUUGAUGGAAGCAUAUUAUUCUUAUCUCAUAAACUGGAAAAAAAGGUUACAGAACUGUCCAGUGAAACAAAACGCGGGGAAGCUGUAAAAAUAACCAUCAGUCUGACGAACCAGCUGCCGGCAGGAUCUCCUGUGUGCAUUCAGUUUUUUCACAUCAUUUUCAAAAAAGUUCUGAAAAAACUAAACAUGUACCAAGUUGGACGCAAUUAUUACAGUCCCUCAGAUCCAAUCAACAUCCCCCAACACAGGUUGAUGCUUUGGCCUGGGUUUUGUGUUUCCAUUAUGAAACUUGAAAACCAGCUGACUCUUUGUGCAGAUGUAAGUCACAAGGUUCUCCGGGAUGAAACUGUCUUGGAAUUCCUAGGGGACCUGUUCUCAAAAACUCCAAAAGAGAGAUUCACUGACGUAUGUGAAAAGGAGCUGCUAGGACUUGUUGUGUUAACCAGGUACAACAACAGAACAUACCGAGUUGAUGACAUUGAUUGGUCUCUUAAACCAACAGACAAGUUUCAGAAAAAGGAUGGAUCACAGAUUUCAUAUAUGGACUAUUACAAAGAGCAAUAUGGCAUAUCCCUGACUGAUUUCAAUCAGCCCAUGUUGGUCAGUAUGCUGAAGGCUAAAAAGAAUGAAAAGCCUGAUACUCCUCAUGCUGUCCAUUUGAUUCCAGAGCUGUGCUAUCUGACAGGACUAACAGCUCGAGCACUUGCAGAUUUUCGCUUGAUGAAGGAUCUUUCAGUGGAAACACAGUUAGAUCCAGAACGCAGACAACAGAGGCUGCAGAAGUUGAUAGGAAGCAUCCAAAGUAACAGUUCGGCUCGAUCAGAGCUUGAGGCUUGGGGGAUGCAUUUAGAGAAACAAGUAUCUCUCACAGGAAGAAUAAUACCACCAGAGAAAAUCCUCAUGAGGGACCAUAUUUGUGAGCCUGCAUCUCCUGCUGAUUGGUUCAGGGAAGCUCGAGAAGCAAAGGUGAUCAGUGUACAACCCUUGGAGAAAUGGUUGAUGCUGUUCAGUAACCGCAAUGGGGAUGUAGCUGAGAAACUCUUAUUCAACCUGAAGAAAGUGGGCGCUGGAAUGGGACUUAACAUUGAGUACCCUAAAAUUGCUAAAGUGGAAGACAGUUCAGUCUCAUUCUUACGUGCUCUUCAGCAGUUUGUAACUCCAGAUCUCCAGCUGGUAUUUUGUGUACUGCCUUCCAAUCAAAAGGAUUGCUAUGAUUCCAUAAAGAAGUAUCUGAGCCUGGAGCGGCCUGUUCCCUGCCAGUGUGUGCAAAGUCGUACUCUAAGCAAGCAGCACAUGCUGAUGAGCGUCGCCACUAAAAUCGCCAUGCAGAUGAUCUGUAAACUGGGAGGAGAGCUUUGGGCGGUGGACAUUCCUCUUAAAUCCCUUAUGGUAGUCGGAGUAGAUGUUAAUAAAGAUGCGCUAAGUAAAUCCAACUCUGUCGUGGGAUUUGUGGCUAGUACCAACUCACGGCUUACAAGGUGGUUUUCACGUUGUAUUAUCCAGAAAACAGCAACCGAUUUUGCUGAUUGCUUGAAAGUGUGCAUGAAAGGAGCUAUUGAAAAGUGGAAGAAAUGUAACAAUGCUACCUUACCUAACCGGAUAAUUGUAUAUCGAGAUGGUGUUGGAGAUGGACAACUGCGCAUGGUUUUGGACUAUGAAGUUCCUCAGCUUCUCAAUAGCUUUAAGGAAACCAUCUCCAAUUACAGACCUAAGCUGUCAGUGAUAGUGGUCCGGAAGAAGUGCAACACAAGGUUCUACACUGAGACACACAAAGGGAUACAAAAUCCAGUCUUGGGUACUGUAGUGGACUCAGAAGCCACAAGACCAGAAUGGUAUGAUUUCUACCUCAUUAGCCAAAUUGCCCGUCAAGGAUCAGUUAAUCCGACUUACUAUAAUGUUCUGUUUGAUGAGAAUGGUUUGAAGCCUGAUCACAUGCAGCGUCUGACCUACAAAAUGUGUCACCUGUACUUCAACUGGCCAGGGGUGGUCCGUGUCCCUGCACCAUGCCAGUACGCGCACAAACUGACCUUUCUUGUUGGUCAAAGUAUUCACAGAGAACCAAGCCUGGAGCUUGCAAAUACACUGUUCUACCUGUAA